CAAACACAUAUUCGCCGCAUUGUUCUCCUCAGAUAUGUGAUCAAGCGUGCUCAAUUUGCUCUUGUGUGAACGUAUACUCGUACAAAUAUAUAGUUGUGAACGAUGAUGUUUAUUCGUAUGGACGGUGUACUCGCAUGGGUGUUACCUGCAAACGUUGUCAGGUAAGGCGGGCAGAGGAUGAUAAGAGGUCCGCCAGUACGAAGCGUUUUGCGGCGAAGUUCGCUUCGUAACGCAUUUCUUCUCUUUCCAUCGCGUACUCCCUUCGUAUUUCUCUUCUUGUCCGUGACGAUGAUCAAUCGCGAGUUUCGUAAUUCCAUUAUUAAGACGUAAUAGUUCAACGAUUUAUAGUGUAAAGUUUAUCAGUUACGUCAUUCUUUGAUCGAAGAGAAGAUAUCAGGGAUCGAUCGAAUUGCAAAUUGUAAAUUAUAAAUUUUUUCCAUCUUUAAAGUUUCGCGAAAAAUUUCCGGCAAACCGAACGUGGGUCGAGGAGUUGGGAGAGAGGAAGUAGUCACGCGAUAUACCGGUAUAAUAGAUAUUUUAUUCACGGGGGAACGAUAGAAUCGGAAAGAUGUGAUCGAGGGGCCGUGAAUCGUAGAUCGUCGCGUUCACGCGGGCGGAACAGUGGAAACGCGGCCGAAUUUCGAGCACGGAAAUGAACCUGUGGUGCGAAUGAUUAUCGACGCGAGUGCAUUGUGCAGGGGUUGAUAAAGAGGGAGAGGGAGUGAAAGUGAGACGGAGAGAAAGAAAAGGGGGAAAAAAAGAGAAAAGAAAAGAAAAGAAAGAGAAAAAGAAGGGAGUUCCUGUACGCGACAGGCACGCCUGUGAAACGAAACGAAGAUAGGCGGCUCGGUGUUGCUUGAGAUGGACUCGGUGGCGGUGACAGUGCCGCUUCGUCAACCGACGAAGAAGAUGAAGAAACGGAAGGAGCUCGACGCCCUGGCGCCUCCGCACACUGUCUCACGCCGAAGUUCCGGGAAACGUAGCUCUCAAGAAUUACUAUCAGAUAGCAGCGAUGAACGAUCGGAAUACUGGAAUAUAUCGACUAGAAAUGGCCGCAAAUGCAGAGGCAGGCGAAGUCGAGCUUGUCCCGGAUUUUUUAAAGCUUGUAGUGCCUUUUUGGCUUGUGCCUCUGUAUUAGCAACCGCUAGUUUAAUUUGGCUGUUCAUCGACGUUCGUCAGCAACUCACUGCUCUACGGACCGAACUGGACCAAGUUAUUGCUGGUAGCGAAGGUGUUCCUGACGCUCUGCAAAAAUGUCAUUCUCUGUCGAGAGAUCUUCAAAACAAUCAGACCACUAUUUUUAUGCAUUUAUCAGAUCUCAAACUUCAAAUUAAUAAUUUUACGACGCAGUUAGCAGUCAUUCAACACGAUUUGCAUCGAGUAGAAGAAUGGUUUAAAGCUGAUCCAACAUUAAUCAACGUGCCAACAGAUUUAAAAGCUCUUUCUAGUAGCGUGAUGUCUUUUGGAAGCCAAAUAGAAGAUCUGCGUGCCACAGUAAAAACUCUUAAAGAAUCUAAUGCUAGGGUACAAGAUGUUCAAACCACUAUGCAACAAAAUAUUACCAGUAUCAAGAAUACGAUUACAGAUUUGUCAAAUAUUACACAAAAACCUCAGAUACUGACCACAAAUGAGACAAAAAUAAAGACUGAUCAGUUGAACGCGGCAAUCGUACAUUUAUCUGAUAAUUUGAUGAACAUAAAUGAAACACUGUCGAGAUCGGUACAAUGGGUGGCGGAGGAUCAGAAGAAAGAUCAUGAAACGUUGGUAUUACUUCAGGAGACUACACAGAAUGUUAGCAUGAAAGUGAUAUCCUUGGAGAGAGAGUGCGUGAAGACUACUAUAUUAACUACUGUUAUGAAACUGAACGAUGAAGUAAAUGGAAUUCUCACAGCUAAUAUUGAUCUUAGAGAAAAAGUGAAACAAUUGGAGCAAUCUUACGAUAGUUUAAAAAAUUCCACAAACUUAAUGCUGGCUACUAUACCGGAUAUCCAAAAUCAAAGAUUAGAUAUUAAAACAAAAGCUUUCGAAGAGUCGAUUGGCAACGAUGUGACUACGGAAAAAGAUCAUCGUUUAGUCCUAGAUGAGACAUCUAUAAGAAAGGCUUCAUCAGAUAAAUCGAAACGUUCAAGAAUGAACCCGUAAUAUAUUUCUAGAAAAAUUUACAAUGCAAGAAUGUAUGGGCGAGCUUUUAUUUUGUAAAAUAGCAAAAAAAAAAUGUACUUUGUUUUUCGGGGAAGAGCGCAAGGAGAUAUUAUGCGUGUGUAUCUUGUAAAUAUUAAAUAUAUUAAGUAUGUUGAGAAAUUCCCUGUGUAUACACUGAUGUUCUACAUAAGUAUCGCUCAAUUUUUCAAUCAUUUGCAUUUAUUUAAGAAAAAGUUUUUUUUUUUCUUAAAUAAUUACAAAUAUUUGAAAAAAUGUGACAACAAUUGCAAGGGAUAUUUGGUAUAAAGAGGUAAAUUUAUGAAUCAAGUGAAAGAUUUUUUUUUUGUCCCUAUUUGUGCACAGAAUAGUUUACAAGAAUUUUUAAGUGGAUUAUUCUAUUAUCAAAAAAAUUGAAAAACAUUAAAAAUUGAACAUGAUUUAGAAAAAGCUAUUCAUAAACAAGCAAUAAGAUAUAUGUUGAACCGUCUAAUAUCAUCAAGAUUUAAAAAUAGAUUAAAAUUAUAUUAUGAUAAAUGCCAAUUUUUAGAGAAUGCCACGGCCUGUAUGCGGCUAUCUGAAUUUAUUCAGAUAUACCAUCGAAAAAGUACAAAGAAUGUUUACACUUGUUCUUGCAUUAUAAAAUAUAAAUGAACAAAUAAAAAAGAAAAAAAUUUAGGAAGCGUUUAUUCGCACUAUUAUGUCCACUACUAACGUAAUCGCAAUAAAUUUUUCUACUCUUCUACUAUUUAUAGUGAAACAUAGUCUAUCAAUUUUGCCAAAUGUUAGAAAAAUUCAACGAUUGCAAAAAUUCUACACAUUAGCGAUUAGUUUUUUCAUUAUUCAUAGAUUAUUCAUUUUUUUUAGUGUAAUAUAAUGUACAGUGUUCAAAUAUAAAAGUGUGAUGGAAAUUUGUCCAUGUUGCACUAAAAAUUUCAUUAGCUAAGCAAGAUACAUUUUGUAGAAUUUUAUAUUUAUUAAAAUUAACAGAAAGUAUUACAAAAUAGCAAUGUUAUACUUUCAUAUUUGUUUAUUUGUUAUACAGAGUAACCAUUUUUAUCAUUUUGAAUUUUAUCUAUAAAAGGAAGUUGUAAAAGAUGUUAAAAUAUUUUUCAAAUAAAUAGGUAGAUAUAUUAAGAACAUUUCAAGGUCAUUUAGAGCUUUUUUAAAUGGUAUACAAUAUAUUUUUUGUGUAAAAUAAAAUAUAAUAAUAUUAGUUGUAAAAAAAGAUUAUAUAGAUGAACAUGUAUGACUUUAAAAUGACCUUGAUAAUUUCAUCUUUUAAUCUACAUAUUUAAUGUUUUAACGUCUAUACUUAUUUCCUUUGAACGUAUUUCUUAAUAUACGUUCAUUUGUGUGUAGAAAUUUAAUGGUUUACUCUGUAAAUCGACACAAAUAUAUUGUAAUUCGUAAACGAUUCAUAAUUAGAAUUAUUAAUUAUUUUAAACACGCUAUAAUCUAAUUUUCCUUAUCUAAAAGUCAAUAUAUGUUAAUUUUCGACUUUUCUUCAUUUGAAUGUUAUAUAAUCAUUCUCGCGUAGUCAUCGAGUGGACUGUAGCGAUUGCGAAUAUAACUGUAUAUUUAAACGAAUGUUUGUCCAUUCUAGUGAGGAAUGAGAAAUAAUGUAUUCACAAACAAAAAAAAGUUCAUGUAGAGUUUCGAUUCAUGUGAAAAGGUUGUAUGAAAUCAAUAUGAAUUUAUAAAGAGAAAGACAAAACGCGUAUAAACGACAAUACGUCGUUGUGUGAAUAAAGAAUUGAUUAUUCAGAUUCA